AGGCCACCAAUAUCCUUUAUCUUCUACAUUCUUCAUCUUCUGCCAUUGUCUGACCCAAAUAUCUCUGUUUCCAUCCAACUGAACUCCAACACAAUGGAUGGUUCUGAAGCCCCGACUCAGGCUCAAAAUUUGCUUGUAAUCAGAGAAGACUAUUUUGUUCAUUACAAAUCCCCUGUUUUUCCCCCAGCCCACGCCCACUCCGAAUCCUCCCAUGAAUCUGAACCAUCUAAUGAACCAUCUAAUGAACCAUCUGAGGCAUCUGAUGAGCCAUCUGAUGGUGAACCAUCUGAUGAUGAGCCAUCUGAUGAUGAGGCGUCUUCUCCGGCGACUUCGGAUUUGCAAUCGAGAGCAGUCGGAGAAGCGAUUAUGAGGCGGUGGGAGAUUGUUAAAGCGAAGGUGAUUUCUGGGAUUGUUGGAUUUGGAUUCCACGCUAGGAGACUAUGCUCUGCUCUGCCGGUUACUGCAAUGGCGGCGGCUCUGUUCCUGCUGCUGCUACUGUUUCUGUUCAAGAUCAAGAUCAAGAUGCGGCUGCCAUGGCGCCCACCAACUGCGGGUGUGUGUCCAGAUAACCAACACCGUUUGCUUCUUCUCCUUAAACACAAGGAUCAGAAAAUCAGUGAGCUCUUGGUUCAGAUCGCCCAAAUGAACGAAAUGCUUUCAGCUCGUCGAAAGGUUCCCGUUGUGAGAGUGAAAUGACAAAUAUAGCCUUAAAAAUGGUUCAGUUUCUGGGAGGAGCUGCUCAGUUUUGAUGGCUUUGAGUUUAUAUUUACUUUUCUUGCAUACAUGUUAAAUGUAUAAUAUACAAGUGCUAUAAAUUUAUAAAUA